CUUGCCGUGUGCGUGAAAAGUUUGAACCCCAAAAGAACUAUUUUUUUGUUUACCACCCGCAUGGCAUACAUGGGUUUGGUGCGAUAGCGAACUUCACCCUCGACGCGACGGUGAGCUCACUUCUUCCGGGCAUAAUUAUCCACGCACAAACGCUCAAGCUCAACUUCUACAUUCCUUUUUGGCGCGAGCUGCAGCGUCUUUGCGGCAACGGGGACGCCAGUGAGGGCUGCAUCCGCCGCACGCUGAGGUCUGGGCCCGGCGAGAGCGUUUUGCUGGUUGUUGGGGGUGCGAGGGAAAGUCUCCUGGCGAGCCCGCGAACCAACGAGCUCAGCCUGCAGAGCCGGAGGGGAUUUGUGAGAAUUGCACUGCAGGAGGGCUCCCCGCUGGUUCCCGUGUAUGCGUUUGGAGAAAAUGACGUUUACCGGAUUCCCCGUGCGGCGGGCUCCAGGUGGUGGAGACGCGUGAAUGCGAUCCUCCGCAAGGUUUUGUCCUUUGGUUUCCCCCUGUUUGUUGGCCGUGGCUGGUUCAAUUACUGCUUUGGUGUCCUGCCUCACCGCCGCCCGAUCUAUGUGGUGGUCGGGGAGCCGUUGCCGGUGCCAAAGAUCCCCCAACCGACGCCGGGGGACCUGCAGGAGUGGCACGACAAGUAUGUGGCGGCACUCAAGCGGCUCUUUGAUGGGUAUCGUGCCGUCUACGACGUGGAAUCCAGCGGCCUGCGUAUUCACUAG